AGCUUCCGAAAAACGAGGCCAAGUGAACAAGAACGAGAUCGCCGAGCCCCGCAGACUGCUGAGAAACAGAAGGGACUUGGGGGGGAAUAAAGAGCUGGACUUGACUUCCGGCACUCUACCGGAACACACAGACAACGGCUGCUGUCGCCCGGUAGCCCCACCCCUAAGGCGGGGCUGCGCCGGAAGAGAAACAGUCCGCCGGAAAGGGAGGGGCCACGCUCGGGAAAAUCUCGUGCGCCGCUCUCACGUCAUCAGAGGGCGGAAGCGCAGACUGCAGGAUGCGGUUCCAGGUUGCGUUGCUCCUGCUGAGUGUCGCGGUGGCGAGAGCUCUGCCGUCCGUUUAUAAGAGAGACGCCGACUCAGGUGACUCUCAGAAUCCUCCGAAUCAGCCUUCCAAACAGUCCUCCACUCCCCUGCCUUCUUCUAACCAGGUAAAGACUACAAGGCCGACCGACGGUCAGGGGCAGAAGUCAGAUAAAAAAGACCAGGACAAGACGACUUUGGCAGCAGUUUCCAGUAAGGCGGAAUCUGGGCCGCGGACCGCCGCGACCGAUCACAGUUUGGGUGAUUCCAGAAGGCAGCCCGAGAAAACGGAUGCCGAGUUGAACGAAACUGCGCGGCCCCUCUCACCAGUCAACCCCAAACUGGAAAAGUCUGAUCAGAGCUCCACAGAAGAUUCAGGCAAGCCCACAGGAGGUAAUUCUGGCAAGCCCACAGGAGGUGAUUCUGGCAAGCCCACAGAAGCUGGUUCGAAUAAGGCCACAGAAGAUGAUUCUGGCAAGUCCACGAAAGUUGAUUUGGACAAGCCCACCUCCAAAAUCUCCCCAGAUACGGAGACUUCGAAGACUGACAAAGUCCAGCCAACUGAAAAAGGACAAAAACCAACACUUACUUCCAAAACUGAAUCUGGGGAAACACUGGCAGGGGACUCUGACUUCUCUUUAAAGCCAGAGAAAGGAGAUAAGUCUUCAGAGCCUACUGAAGACGUGGAAACCAAGGAGAUUGAAGAGGGUGACACAGAGCCGGAAGAAGGCUCACCACUUGAAGAAGAGAAUGAAAAGGUGCCGGGCCCUUCCUCCAGUGAGAACCAAGAGGGGACACUUACAGACUCUAUGAAGAAUGAGAAGGAUGAUCUUUAUAAGGACAGUUCUGGAAACACCAGUGCAGAGAGCAGCCACUUCUUUGCAUAUCUAGUGACCGCUGCUGUUCUUGUUGCUGUCCUCUAUAUUGCUUACCACAACAAACGAAAGAUUAUUGCUUUUGCUCUGGAAGGGAAAAGAUCCAAAGUCACUCGGAGGCCAAAGGCCAGUGACUACCAACGUUUGAACCUAAAGCUUUGAUCUUUACUUUGUCUGCAAGAACCGUGUCCUCCCUGCUGAUUUGUUCCCAAUGAAGAGAAAUGAAAAGACUGUGACCUCCUCUGGGGUUUGGUGGCAAGUCUGGGCUGGCAGAGAUGGGAUAGCUUCAGGUUUUGCACCGGCACUUUGAUGACACUCUCCUCUGGUGAUGUUUUAUUUACUUUUGUGUUCCUUGUAUGCUGACGUGUUCCAUCAUCCUUUCUUCCUUGGAGUGCAAACGGAAGAAGCACAUGGAAAAAUGGAUGUGACCAAAGGAAGACCCCACCUUAGGCAGGCCACACAAUGGACCACCUUUCCACAGCCUCUUUAUCUUUGCAACUCUAGGCGCAAACUGUAGAGAGGUGCUUUCUAGACAAGAUGUAGAUGGUUAUGUGGGAUACUGAUGGGCAGAGAUGGGGUUGAAUACUUAUUCUCUACAGAAGGCUCAGCUGCAAACCAAACUAGCAGGUUAAAGAGUGUUAAAGUCUGGUCCAUCUGAUAGUCUGUAUAUUUCUCUGAAAGUUUGCAUGCUAGUUGUACUAGCAUAAAAGGGACUCGAGGCUUCUGAAAGUAAAAUCACUGUUUGAUGGGAUUUUUUAAAAAAAUGAUCAUUGAACAAGUGUGUUCUUGCAUACAUUCACCCCAAUAGGAACUUCCUGGAAAGGGACAGGUUCAUGCUUUGUGGAAGAAAACACAUAGGAGGGAUUUAGUAUGCAGGAAAGAGGUUUUCUACAAAUUGAGUUUUGCUUUUAUUGCCCGCAGUAGAUAGAUAUUUAGAAACUAACUGCAUUCUUCACACUCCUCCUUGCUGUUUAAGAUGUGCAGGGAAUAAGGAAAAUCUUUCCUAUCCUGUCAUAUCUGGUCAUGAAACUGUAGGAAACUAAAUAGGUUCCCUGAGAUAACUGAAGAUGUCUUGGAUUAUGCUGUGUCUAGCGUUUUAUUCCAGUCUGUAUGGUUACGCCUAAAGAGAGAAAAGUCUCAGCUAAUCUCAGGGAUGCAGAGAGAACGAGAAGAAGAAAAGUAUGAGUCCUGUGCUGUUGGGGAAAUCAGUCUAAGGAAGCAAUGGUCUUGGAGGUCUUUUCCAGUGCUGACUGCAGCAUGGGCUUGAAAUUGAAGUAUGUAUUCUUGGCAGGUGGCAUUCUAGAAAUAAGGCCAUGGCUACUAUUGUCUCAGCUGUCCACAAGUCUGUUACUUUUUUCCAAGCCUUUUUCAGUCUCCUUUAGCUUUUCCUAACACCUCUUUAGUUCCCCACUUCCAUUUUUUCUUCCUCUCUAUAGACCUGUUUGUACAUCUCUGAAUGAACACCUUCCUUAUAGCCUGUAUGCACGCCCAUACCUAUCCUGUUCUAGUUGGUGUUGCUUCUAUUGCCUUCCAUCCUCUUCCUGACAUUUGCAGGGUUGCCUUGGUCUGAUUUCCUCCUGUUUCUCAAGGUUUACUCAGUUAACAGAUCACCAAAUUCAGCAGCUCAUUUUCACAGCUUGUAACCCUUGGUAAUAAUGUUGGAUGCCGGGGCCUAUGCAUGUUGACAUUCUGGUUGUCUCUUGCAAAUUAUCCUUUGCCUUAUCUCAUGGGGAUGGAGGAGGGUACCCAGGUCUCUGUUGCUUUGACUGUCUCAAUAAAUCCAUCCAUUCUUUAUCCUCUCUGUGACGCUCAUGUUUUUUUUGGCCUCCUUCCCAAGAACCCAGUUCUGCUAAAUAACUCAGCCACGUUGUCUGCUUGUCACACAACCAGAGUUUCUCUCUUGUAUCUAUUACGUUUCUCUAUCUAUCCUUCACUUUCUCUAAUCAUCUGAAAACUCCACACUAUAAACUAAAAACAUUUUUAUCAUCACAGAAGUCCACUUUUUUUUUUUUAAAGAAAUUAUCUAGGUAUACUCUCCGCUAAUUUUUAGGAACCAGCUGAAUUGACCUUACCAGUUUUGGAAACAUUGAUCAUUCCAGAAUGUGCCCCGGUCUGAAGCUUCUGUCUGAGGUUAUAAUCUAGACUACAGAUUCCUCCUUGGCUGCACUGCGACACUCACUCCGUCUCUGCCUCUGCCCUCCUCGUGUCUUUGUAUCACAGCUUUUCGGGGUUGCUCUAUGGUUAGGCUGUCCCCUUCUUCCAGCCUUCUCAGGCCCUUGUGCUUGGAAUAUGCAUAGUGGUCCUUCCAUUCCACACUGAUAGCUUACUGUCACUCUCAUCUUGGAACUUCAGUGUGACAUAGUUCUGAUGUUCUGUGAUCUCCCCCCAAGAAAACUAAGCUCUGAGAGACAGCCAUUGUCAUUGUUCUAUCAGCCAGAGACCUUAGGGGUCAAAUUUCUUGUUGGAGGUGUAGCUGAAACUGGGGCUCACAUAGCUCUUCCUGGAUACUGUUUGCUAUGACCUUAUACUUGUUGGCUUUUGCUCUUGAAGGACCGGAAGGAAAAUUGAUUUUUAGCAACAAAGAUUGACAGUGAGUGGACAGACAUGUGAAGGAUUGCCAGAGUCUCCUCACCCUCUUUUGGCUGCUGACAUGUUCCUUGUGCUGACAGAGUACAGUAGAAUUUGUGUUCACUUGAGAAGUUGCACUGAAGGAAAUGGUUCCCACCAAAGAAAAGUUCUUUUUAGGAGUUUUGUUUUGUUUUGUUUUUUGAAGGUAGAAUACUUGAAGCAUAUUUGCUAGAGUGUGUGGCAAUGGUCCAGCUGAGGUGUCUAUACCAGGGAUUGGGUUGGCAUGUAAGAAGCAUAUGAAGUCUCAAGUAGCACUCUUGUGGACUUUUCUGAGCUUGCUCUCCUCAGUGUUUGGCUAAAGGGCAAUUUCUUAAGGGGAAGCUGCUUGAGGUAUAACUGUUAAUAGUUUGUUUUCCUGCUGUGGACUAAAGAAGCCAGCUCUGGACAACAACUAACAAAAUGUGCUAACAUGUUUCCCCUAGAAACAGAGCUCUGUGCCCUUCAGAGUUCCUCUGGUAGGGAUGCACUUUCUCUUUUCUUCGGGGCAUGGUAUGCUUUGCACAUAUCAUGAGCCGUUCGAAAGCAGAGAAGGGUGUGCCAGGCCCUGUACCAUAGUUUCUCAAAACUGCUUACUAGGAGGGUUCUGUUUGGCAUUGCCUUAAGAAAGCUGUAAAGAGUCAGGCGUGGUGAUGCAUGCCUUUAAUCCUAGCACUCAAGAGUCAGAGGCAGAAGGAUCUCUGAGUAUGAGGCCAGCCUAGUCUAGAAUACCAAGUUUAGGCAGCCAAAGUUACACAAUGAUAGCUUGUCUCAAAAAAAAAAAAAAAAAAAAAAGCAGAAAGCUGUAAAGAGAUGUUGAAAUUUAAAUACAUCAAGAUGGCUCAGUUUGUUUUGUUCCCUGCUCAGAUGUGAUACUAAGUAUUUUAGCUUAGAAACUGUGAGUUUGGAUCUCAGCUUGCAUAGCAUAGCAAACUACCCAUGAAGCUGGCCUCCUCACACUGUUAGGAAUUUAAUUCAGACUACCAUGUUAAGUGAGUGAAUGUUGAAAUUUUUUUCCUUGUCUUGUGUUCCCAGUUAGAUUGCUACUGUUAGCCAUGUUUGGUAUUGUCACCUUUUUUGUAACUUAACUGUAAUGGCUUAAUUUUAUUUUUUUUAAAGCUUACUGUGGUAUAGUAAGUAUUUUUCAGUAUAUUUUACUGAGCUUCUGUAAAUGGAAUCAUAGCAUAGUUUCAUGUCAUUAUUGAACAGAAAUCAAUAAAUUUCAGAUAUCAAAGCAUUGAAA